UUUGUCCUCAAGCUUCAUAGCUACCAGCAGAGUUGGGAAGAUAGUGGUGAACGUCAAUGUCCCGGUCCUCGGGACCAUCCAGGGUUAGGGGAUCAGGACUCGAUGUCGCAGCGGCCUCCUGCGUCUCGUCCUGCAUCUCGCUCGCCUCCCGAUGGUCAAAGAAUUAUCUUACCACCUGUGCAGCUUCGAGAUGACCUUCAGCAGGGGGGACGACCAGCAGAGCGGCCGCAGCAAGAGUUUGAAGGGCGAGGAGGAGGACCACCUCCACAACUGCAACCGUCCCCUCAGUAUAGUCGUAUGCAACAGCCUCCCCCGUCUGGAGAAGACUGGAGAACCCCAGUUUUAACAAGGGAUUUGGGAGUGCAUUCCAUAUUAAAUCCACCCGAACCAGAAGGUAGUGGUGCCUCGAGUCGUCGACUCAGUGGAGGAACCACGGAAUCUCCUCUCUCAAUCGGGCCACCAUCUCAUUUUGGAGCCAGUCCUUCGACAGCUACGACACACUCGUUUUCCAGUCAGAAUGUGCCUUCAAGCACGCCACCGACCGCGGAAACCUAUGCAGGAGCAUAUUCAAGGGUCCCUCGAAGGAUACUCACCCCAAGAUCUCCAUCUCGAGCAGUUAGUGCGGGAAGAAGGGGUUCAACUCAAGCAACCAUCGAUGCGCAACGAUCGCCAUUUUUACCAGCUCGAGGAAGAUCCUAUAUGGCUGAACCCGGUCCAGCUGCGUCUUCAGACGUUCCUCCGAUGCCAACACCUCCGAAUCUCCAACAGCAACAGCAAUACGGAUUUCCACCAUCCUCUUCAACACCUACGAUCGCGCCCCGUCGACCAAGUGGGCAGACGAUGCAAGCACCUGGACGAACACCACUCUCUCAGAGCGCAAGUCCUAGCAUUUCUGCAUCUUCGCAUGUCCCAUCGUCCAGUCAGACAUCACCAGCCUCAUUUGUGGUCCACAAAGGUGGUGGACCAGGUGCUCAAACGACAGCAUCGUACUAUCCGGGGUCGUCAUUUGCUACUUCGAUGCAGCAGGGAAGUGGAAUGCAGUUUCCUGGGCCCUCUGGCCCCCCUGAAGGAGCCUCAGCGCGAUUCCGACAACGUAGAAAGGAGAAAGAAAGGGAGGCGAGCACCAAUAUUGAAAAGCUACAACAGCAAACGAGAGAACUCGAGAGGAAGGUGAAGGACUUGGAGCAGGAAAGGGACUUCUACCGCACGGAGAGGGAUCGAUUUCGAGAUGUGGUUUUCAGGAAUCCAGAGAUGAGACAUCUGGCAACUCAAGCCCCCGCGAGUCCCCAGACGAUGCGUUCCGGGUCUUUUCAAGGACCCAUGAUGCAAAUGGGAGGACCUCCACCACCUCAUCCGCCUCCGCCGGGAUUUGGGUCUGAAAGUGGUCCAGAGCGUGCACCAAGAAGGCGAAGAACCGACACGCAAGGCGAUUUCACGAGUUCGACUUACGGAAUGCCUCCUAAUACGACUCUUCCCCCAGUCCAGCCUGCCGGCUACCCUCCCGGACAGCCCCAAGGACCCACUACUCUUCCCCCUCUGCGAACCGAUAAUCCGAAUGUCCCUCGCACGGGUCCUCCGAAUGCGGCCCCAACGACAUCUGCUGGGCCUCCACCCGCUUUCGAUCCCUAUUCUCGAGGUCCCUACGAGCGAGGUUGGCCGGGGCCAGGAGAACGACGUUGA